GUGCCCCUCGCCAUGUGGGACCUCGGCCAGUGCGAUCCCAAGCGAUGCAGCGGUCGCAAGCUCGCGCGGCUCGGGUGCCUGCGAGAGAUGCGCAUCCAGCAGAGGUUCCCGGGCGUCGCCCUCACCCCGUCCGCCACCGACUGCAUCUCCCCGAACGACUACGCCCUCGUGCGAACCGACGGCCUGUGCGUCGUGGACUGCUCGUGGAACCGACUGGACGACGUCCCGUGGCGCCGGCUCCACUCCGCGUCGCCCCGGCUUCUGCCGUGGAUGGUCGCCGCCAAUCCCGUCAACUACGGCAAGCCGUGCAAGCUCAACUGCGCCGAGGCACUCGCGGCGGGGCUGUACAUCGCGGGGUACGCCGAGGCGGCGACGCUGCUGAUGAACAAGUUCAAGUGGGGGCACGGGUUCAUAACCCUCAACAGAGACUUGUUGGACUCGUACGCGGCGUGCGUGACGGGGGAGGAGGUGCUCGCCACGCAGAACAGGUGGCUCACCGAGGGCGGGCCGAAGCGUUCCCCGCGGCGCAUGCCCGGCAGCGACGACGACGAGGGAAGCGACGACGAGGAGGAGGAGGAGGGCGGAAGCGACGAGACGGACGAGGACGACGAGGAUGAGGACGGGAUGCCCAGGCUCGAGCCCAACCGCAACAGGACGGAUUUC